GACAAAAUGGUCCAGCUGCUCCAAAACUACCUGACCGAAUGGAGGAUUCACAGAAACCGCCUGGUGACCAAAGACGGCGUUUGUAACAUUGAGUAUAUCAACGUCAGGUACGGAAGCUCUGUCAGUUACAUGUCGGACAUCUGGGCCACCUUACUGGAGAUCCACUGGACGUUCCUCAUGUUCUUUUUCAUGGCAUCUUUCCUUCUGAGCUGGUUUGUAUUCGGACUUUUGUGGUACUGGAUCGGACAGAACAAUGGUGAUCUGGUUUGGCAAAAUGCACCAGCGAACCACAGUGCGUGUGUGAUUAAUGUCUGCGAUAUGACCAGCGCCUUCCUGUUCUCACUGGAAACCCAAACAUUCAUCGCUUAUGGUAUGAGGGUCAUUACGACAUUGUGUCCCAGUGCCGUUACUGUCUACGUCUUCCAGGUCAUCUUUGGCACUAUUAUUACCUGCUUUUGUGGAGGGGUGGUACUGGGAAAAAUCUCACUGCCCCAAAGAAGAGCCAAAGCUAUCAUAUUCAGUAAGACGGCCGUCAUCUGUUCUAAACAAGAUACACUUUGUCUGAAGAUACAAGUUGCCAACCUGCGCAAGUCAUUGAUGAUUGGAACCGAAAUCUAUGGGAAGCUCAUCAGGACGACGGUCACGCCCGAAAACGAGACCAUCAUCAUGGAUCAGGUUGGGAUUGACUUCAGCUUGGAGACCGGAAAAGAAAACCCGUUCUUUAUCUGUCCUCUGACCUUGUACCACGUGAUCAACAAGACGAGUCCGUUCUUCAAUAUGACAGUGGACGAUCUCCACCAGCAGGACUUUGAGCUGGUGGUGUUUCUGAAUGGCACGGCUGAGUCCACCUCCUUUUCCUGCCAGGUCAGGACUUCCUACAUCCCAAAAGAGAUCAUGUGGGGCUACCAGUUCCUCCCCAUCAUUUCUAAAAGCAAAGAGGGAAGGUAUCGUGUCGACUUCUCUAAUUUUGCUAAAGUCGAGCCAGUUUCCACUGCGCACUGUGCCCUGUGCAUCAACGAUGAGAAAUUCCAUCAUCACCCCUCCACAAAUGGUGCUGACAAUGUGGGAUUUGAAAUGAAUGAGUGACAGCUACUUAAA